AUGCUGCUCCUGUACCCUAUUACCCGUGAUGACCUCUCAUAUCUAGCCGCAGAUGAUCAGCCUCUCGCCGCCCUCGUCUCCCGCCUAUUUUGGAAGCAGGAGAGUUCAAUGCAACAGUUCACAGCCGCGAAGCUUGUGGUGCGCAUUAUUCACGCUUAUUCAGUCCCCCUCCGAAUGAUCUUCCACAUCAUCGAUGCGCUUUAUACCCGCGAACACACCGCCUGUGCGAAUGCGGGGGCGCGGUCGUCUACCUAG